GUUAUUAUUGGAGCUUUGUUGAUUUGGGAAGUGACACCUCGACAACAAAGCGCUGGAUCAUUUUACAGACAUGUAUUCGGCCUGAGUUCAGCAGUUAGGGGGUUAGUAUUGAGGGAUGAGAAGCUGUGGGGGAACAUUUACUGAACUGCAGUAGUGUUAGCUGAGGAAACAAGCGCUGCCGUUAGUUUAGCACUGAAGAUUCGAUUAACUACAAGCUAGUUAGCUAACGCUAGCUUAGCCACCGUUAGCCAGUCUGUUUGUCUGUUAGCUAGCUAAGCUUAGCUAAGCUAGUAGCUUUAGCUAGGCCGGCUGUGAGGCUGUAGGCCAGUAUUUUUGGUCUGACAGCGUUUCUCUAGCUAGAAUAUUAGUUAAACUCGACAGUUGGCGAUGGAUGUGAAUCUAACGAUCUCUCUAAUGAGGGGACAGAUGGGUGUAGUUAUAGAGAAGGCGGUGAACGCCGCGGUGGAGACCGUGCUGGGCGAGAUGAUCCGAGUGGUCAGCCUGAAAUUCGAGGAGUUUAGGAAGGAGAUGAACGCCAAAGAGAAGGAGAACGAGAACAUCAGGAACAUGCUGGAGGUGUCGCGGUGUCAGAUGAAGACCAUGCGGAGAUAUGUGAACGCGCUGACGGCUCGAGAGGACCGGCAGGCUCUGCUCAGUCACAGACCGGACAGACCCGUGGUGCUUCAGUUCGAGUCGGGCAGGGUCAGGGCUGCUCACCACAGCAGAGACCACCUUAUGCCUCCGAGAAGAGCCCCAGCGACCAGUGUUAACCAUAACCCUCCCCCCUGUGUUGAAGUGCAGAAUACAGUACAGAAUACAGCCGCAAAAUCGGCUCAUGUCGCAGAGAACACAUGGGAGAAGACCGUGCCUGUGUCUCGACCUCAAACCAUGCCUCAACCACUCGUCCAACCCGCCGAGACCUUCAUCAACCCUCCUGAGAACUACAGCGAGGGAGAGACCAGUGCACCAAAGAUGCACAUGGGCUCUCUGAAAGGAGAGAACUCAGCUGCUGCCAUGUUGGAAAGUGAAGGUCUAGUGGCAGAAAGCAAUGAUCCCCUGUGGGGUCAAACACCUCCAGCUACUUCUGAGGUGGAGCACACAGACACUGUGGACUCUGGCAUGCUCCCUGUUACCGACAACAAUGAAGGAUUUAGCACAGCUACAGCGAUCUGUGGAGGGUCUCCGCCUUUCAAAAUUAAACAAGAAGAAGGAGAGGUUGAAAUCGUCCAUGUGAAGGAGGAGCCAGUGGAAGCAGCCAAUUCUGAAUGUGCUCAGCUAGAGCUCUGUCAGCAAGCUGUAGAAGCAGGACCUAGUAUUUCCCUAGAUCUGCCUUUGGCCCAGCAGUGUCACCAGCUCUCUAUGCCUUCUAUUACGGAUCCAGGCUUUCUGGGAGUGGACCCUAGUACAUAUGCUGAGUCUCAGUUGGCCAUGGCGGGGGACCAGAGGCAGGUGCGUCCGUGGUGUAAGGACCUGAACCUGUACGAUGAGUAUAAGCGUAAACGCAUCGAGAUACGGAAGCGCAGUGAGACGAGGCGGCGAGAGCUGGAGCAGACUCUGCCUCAGGCCCUGCUGGCCGACCUGGUGAAGGAGCGCAGGGAGAAGACUCGUCUUCGAGUUGCCCGCUGGCGAGCCAAACGCAAGCUUCAGGCAUGCCUGAUGUCACAGGCAUCCCAGUUAAACGGAGGACCAACACAGGGGUUGUUCACUCAGAGAGGCAAUCGGAGGCGAGCAGAGACGGUUGGACAGCAGAGGAGCUUCGGGGCCCUCGGUAGACCUAGUCCGUCUGAGACUGGAGCAUACAACCUGCCCCUACAGAUCGGAUCCAGUCCUUUACUGGCAGCGCAGAGACUCGGUGUGGCUGAGGGUCAAAUGCCAUCUGGAUCCACUAUGUUUCCACAUCAUUCAGUUCCAACAGCUGGCUCUGAGAUGUUUCAAUGACUGUUAUUUACAAAUACAACAUGAGAUCUGGAAGUUUAAGGAGCUCAAGUUUGGUUACAGGACAGUGGUACGGUGAACGUUUUAAUUUAUUACAUACAUUUCUUUAGAGUUUGAAAUUUAAAAGCCAUUUUGUCUUACAAUGAGAUGUGUCAAUACAAACACAUGGGUCACUCAUUGUUUUGUUCUUAGGGAACACAUUUAGUUAUGAUUGUGUUGCAGUGAUAAGAUUAACUAUUUAUAUUUCUCGUUAAAUCUACUCUCUGGAUAGUAUCCAAGUACUGCUUACAUCUGGUGAGACAAAAGCAUCUCUGUUAGAUAUACACAGAUUACAUGCAAAUCCAUGGAUUUCUUCUUUCUUCCAGAAUUCUCUACGAUGGCACUAGGCACCAAAGAAAUUGUGUUCUGUGCAGUUGUGAAUUUAAUUAGAACUAGAACUCUAAUUGUUUGUACAACGGUUAAGGUAUAGGGUGACAAGCUCUUGAUUUGUCUUGUCACCCAUGAUUGGUUUCAACUACAAUAGACAGUCGGAUCAGGUAGCAGUUCUUCUACACCAUGUCUUGGUUUUAUUUACACAGACCUUUUACAAACCAUGUCCAGUAGCUGAGCAUAAAUCUGUAUGAAGCUUCAUACUGUGUCUGUUGGGAGGUCUAUGUAUUGUACUGCACUGAUAUGCCAAAAGUCAUGGUAUAGCACUAUGUAACUUGACUGUCAAUAUCAUGUUAUUUUAGAGGAUGGCUUGGGAACACGCUUACCAGUACCUGAGAUCUGAGUAGGUGCCAGAUCAAUGGGACUUUCUAUUUCUAAAGUCGUGCUGGCAUUUAACUAGUGACUGGCCAAGUUACGAGUGGCAAUACUGAUACACGUUCUGGUAAAAAUAUUUUCAUUUUAUUAUUUAUUUAACAGAAAUAUUUUUAUUAUAAGCAUUAUUGUUGCUGGUAUUGUGUUUAGGCUUAGAUCAUGAGGUUGAAACUGCUGCCAGCACAUCCUAUUAGGAGAGGAAAAAUAUACACAUACACUGAAUUUUAAUGCAUUCUAAGCUCAUUUAUUUAUGAGAGAUGGUACCUAAACUCUGUGUCCGAUGAUUAAGUAUAUUAUACAUUAAGCAGCAUCUCUAUAAUCCCUUAAGAUUUGAAUUGUCUAGUUUAGUGUGUUUCUGGAAAGCACGAGUGAGAGUCAGCUGCUUUGUCUGUAUAUCAUUGACUCCCACUACUCUCACCUGAAAUCAAUGCAGGUGCUUGAUUGAAAAUUAAUUGUAUGAUGAAGCGUAUUUCCCAUUGGCUUAAUUUUCAGGAUUUACAAGUUAUAUAAAAAAAACAAAAACAGCUAGAUGUUACUGGCUUGCAUAGUACCGAUUUCUGUUUGGAACUGCCUGUGUCCUGACUAUCAAUUCUACCAGAAAUCACAUCCACAUUCAAUGCAGGAGGCCUCGCUCAUCCCACAGGUUAGUGCAGUACUCAGGACUAGUUCCUGUUGUCCCAUUACAUUUGGCAUGUCAGUGUACAUACUGUUCUAAACGUUGAACUAUUUCCGUUUAAAAUGACUGAAAGUUCAACCAUAGCAAUAAAGGCAGAACUGUACAGAGAUUAUACUGUUAA